GUCGUAUUAUAAAUAGACCUAUCUCCACACACUUCGCAUGUUGGUCGAUUUGGUGUUUGUUAGUGCGCACCAUGAUUCCACCGGCGUUCUUUGUGGCGGUGGUAUUUCUUCCGAGUUUCUAGGUUGUGCGAUGCGAUGCGCUCGAGGUCGGUCAAGAGUGCCAAACAGAAACUACAACAACAACUGUCGCCACGACUGUAACAACCGCUGCGCAAACACCCACAACCGCUGGAUCCACCCAGCCAGUUGUCACUACCCAGACACAGAGUACAACAACGGUACUGCCCACUACUUUGGCAUCUACAAGUCCGACGGAGUUAACCACAAAAGUUUCAACAACAGAUGCUACUUCUCCAACGGCAAAUGGUAGAAGAAGAAGAAAACGAAGUACACAAUUACAAGAGUGUAUUUCAAACGCAAGUUGUGUGCGCGACCAACAGGGCGAUCUGGUGUGCAAAUGCAACGAUGGCUACACUCCAGAAAAUGGACAGUGCAAAGCGCAAGGCCCUUACAAUGACGCGAGACAUUUGAGAGUGACGGUACUUGCCAUUUCCAUGGUUACUACAAUGGUGCUGUUUCUCAUCUAGCAAACCUUUCAUCGCUUCAGCGGCUCAUUGACUGUUCUUUUGCAAAUGACUUUAUAUCUACAGGAUUUAUCAGUAGAACACAUUUAGCUUGUAUCUACAUAUAACUUUGAAAGUGCAUUUAUCAAUACAGAAAAUAACUUUUCAAAUGCUGAAAUAACUACAACAGAAACAAACUUGCAAAAACUUAGGAUUUCACAAACAGAGAGCAGAAAAUUCGAGCUAUUUGAUUUGCACAUUUUUAAAACUUGAUCUGGCUUUCAAAGUGCGUGUGCCCCGUGUCUACAAGAAAAAUCAACGAGAGUGUACAUGUAUGUGAGUUCCGGUUGUCUGCGCAUGCCUGAUGAAGCCGAAGUGUCGACCAACUGGCAAUGCUUGGUCAAUCGGAACAGGGUGGUCUCCUGUAGGCACUUGAGCGCCGCUUUUGGCCGGAAUUUUGUGAAUAAAAGAAAUAGACCUACGUAUUAAA